AUGGCGACCGCGCGGCCCUUCCUCCGCCUCUCCUCCCCCCCCCGGACCCUGGGGUGCACGCCCGCGGCCCUCGCCCAACAACACGCCCCGCGCCGGCCCUUCUUCAACCUCCCCAACCUCGCCUCGGCGAACGAACCCCAAACGCUGACGGCCUCGCGGACGAUGCCCUACCCCUCCCCCCAGCUCUACGACGUCAUCUCCGACGUCGACGCCUACGACUCCUUCGUCCCCUACUGCGCCCAGUCCCGCGUCACCCAGUGGACCGCCCCCGACGCCUCCGGCCGCCGCUGGCCCGCCCAGGCCGACCUCCGCGUCGGCUGGGGCGGCUUCGAGGAGACCUUCACCAGCAGGCUGCACUGCGUACCCGGUAAAAGCGUCGAGGCGGUCAGCGGCGCCGAUGUCGAGGGCGCCAGCCCGGGCAACGGCGGGGAAGGCGGCGCCGUCUUCCGGAGCCUCGUGACCAAGUGGCAGCUGCGGCCGCUGACCUCCGGGACGGGCACCGAGGUGGACUUGGUCAUCAAGUUCCAGUUCGCCAACCCGCUGUACUCGGCCGUGAGCGCCGCCGUGUCUGAAAAGGUGGCCGGCGUCAUGAUCCAGGCCUUCGAGAAGCGGGUCAAGGCUGUCCUGGGGGUUCCCAGGCUAUAG